AUGGCUACCACGGAAUCUCUCGGAACGGGCAUCAUACGCACCGAAAGCGGGCGUCAAACAUACGCGCCUGAUGGAAUCGUCUCGUCUCCUCAUGAUGCUUCCCGUGCAUCGGAUAUCUCACACAGCAGCACACUGAACCGCAACGAGAAGGAUCUCAAAGAUGAUAGCUCCGAGGGAGCAGCUGGCCAGUCGAAUGAAGACCGCGAUAUCGAGAAGCAGUCUCAGAACAAGGAGUCCAAAGGAGAUAAGAACGAUGAUGGAGACGAAGAGAAAGAUCCCAACGUCGUCGAUUGGGACUCGGAAGACGACAAGGAAAACCCAAUGAACUGGUCCCCUCUUCGGAAAUGGACCAUUGCAGUCUGUAUGGGUUUGAUGACUUUGGUUGUGACUUUUGCCUCGUCUGUAUUCAGCAGCGCCACUCAGGUCACCGCCAUGCAAUUCGGUGUCAGCGCAGAGGUCAUGAUUUUGGGAUUGGCAUUGUUUGUGUUGGGAUUUGCUUUUGGUCCCAUCGUCUGGGGACCACUGAGUGAGCUGUACGGUCGAAAGACGCCCCUCUUCAUCGGCUACGCAAUCUUUGCCAUCUUUCAGAUCCCUGUCGCUGUAGCGCAGAACCUCCAGACGAUCUUCGUGUGUAGAUUCUUCGGAGGCUUCUUCGCCAGUGCUCCUCUAGCCAUCAUCGGUGGUUCUCUGGCCGACUUUUUCGAUCCCGUCAACCGUGGCGUGGCACUCUGCUUGUUCGGAUCUGCGACUUUCAUUGGACCUACAUUGGGACCCAUCAUGGGAGGUUUCAUCACAAUGAGCUACCUGGGAUGGAGGUGGACGCAGUGGAUCACACUCAUCAUGGCGGCCUUGUUCGGCACCAUUGGUUUUAUUGUCAUUCCAGAGACGUACGCUCCRGUUCUACUUCAGCGCAAGGCGAAGAAGCUUCGAUAUGAGACCAAGAACUGGGCUUUGCGUGCACCCGCCGACGAGAAGAAGGUAGACAUGCAGGAGAUUGCGGAGAAGUACAUCCUUCGACCUUUCAAGAUGUUGGCUCUCGAGCCGAUUCUUGUCUUGAUCACAUUGUACAUGGCGCUCAUCUACGGCAUCAUCUAUGGUUUUUUUGAGGUAUUCCCAAUAACAUUCCAAGAACAACGCGGCUACAACCUCGGCGUCGGCUCCCUCCCCUUCCUCUCCGUCCUCAUCGGUGUCAUCUGCGGCUGCCUCAUAAUCACCUUCCUAACCAAAACGCGCUUCGCACGCAAAAUGAAAGAAAACGGCGCCGUCGUUCCCGAAGAGCGUCUCCUUCCCAUGAUCAUCGGUGGCGGUCUUCUCCCCAUAGGUCUCUUCUGGUUCGCAUGGACUUCCAACCCAAACAUCACUCCCUGGCCACAAAUCAUCGCCGCCGCACCAAUCGGAGCGGGCAUCAUGAUGAUCUUCUUGCAAGGUCUCAACUACAUCAUCGAUGUGUACAAAAUGAAUGCCAAUAGUGCUAUUGCGGCGAAUACCUUCUUUCGAAGUUGGGUGGGCGCUGGAUUUCCCAUGUUCGCGACUCCCAUGUUCCACAACCUGGGCGUUCCGUGGGCAAUGAGCUUGCUUGCAUUCCUCUGUGUCGCACUAUUUCCCGUGCCGAUCUUGUUCUACAUUUACGGUGCAAGAAUCAGGAAAUUGAGCAAGUUUGCGCCUGAGUAA